UUUUUGACACAACAGUUGUUGUUGUUGUUGUUGCCAUUCUCAUACGCGCUUCAUCAAACCUUUGUAGGAAGCCAAAUCAAACCUUACCAAUCCUCUUUUGAAAAUUUCUCUUUUGCUUUACGUUCUCUCAAUUCAUAUUUUAUCUGAAUGUUUGUUCCUUUAAUCAAAUCAUUUCAAGAGGCUUCGAAGAUUUGUUUCUCCCAAUCGGGAUCGAGUCAAACAAAUCUUCUCCAGUCAUCAUCAUCAUCAUCAUCAUCUGCAGAUAAAAAAGGGAAUUGCGAUUUGCGGUUUUGAAGUGGUUAAGGGAUGGAUGAAAGUAGUCAUGGAAGUUCAAGUUCACUUCCACCUUUCCUUACUAAAACAUACGAAAUGGUAGACGAUGAUUCUUCUGAUUCGGUCGUUUCUUGGAGCGAAAACAACAAAAGCUUCAUCGUCAAGAACCCAGCCGAGUUUUCAAGAGACCUUCUUCCUAGAUUCUUCAAGCACAAGAAUUUCUCUAGUUUCAUCCGUCAGCUUAAUACAUAUGGUUUUAGAAAAGUUGAUCCUGAGAAAUGGGAGUUCUCGAAUGAGGAUUUCGUUAGAGGACGACCUUACCUAAUGAAGAACAUUCAUAGACGAAAACCAGUUCAUAGCCACUCGUUAGUGAAUCUACAAACGCAAAAUCCGUUAACGGAAGCAGAAAGACGAAGCAUGGAGGAUCAGAUCGAAAGACUAAAAAGGGAGAAAGAAGACCUUCUAGUGGAGUUACAAAGCCAAGAGCAAGAACGAAAAGACUUUGAAAUGCAAGUAACGACUUUGAAAGAUCGGUUACAACAAAUGGAGCAACAUCAGAAAUCAAUAGUGGCAUAUGUAUCACAGGUUUUGGGGAAACCAGGACUUUCUCUAAACCUCGAAAACCACGAGAGAAGAAAACGAAGAGUACCGGAGAGUUCUCUUCCUUCGAGCAGGUCACACGUAGAGCAGGUCGAGAACUUGGAGUCUUCUCUAACGUUUUGGGAGAAUCUUGUAUCAGAAUCAUAUGAGAAGAGCGGUGUACAGUCAUCAUCAAGCAUGGAUCUUGAUGCGGCUGAGUCGAGUCUAAGUAUUGGUGAUACACGACCUAAAUCAUCAAAGAUUGAUAUGAACUUAGAGCCGCCUGUUACCGUUAGCGUGGCUGUUGCUCCAAAAGCAGGUGUUAAUGAUGACUUUUGGGAACAAUGCUUGACAGAGAACCCGGGGUCAACGGAGCAACAGGAAGUUCAGUCAGAGAGAAAAGAUGUCGAUAACGAUAAUGGGAAUCAAAGGACGUUUUGGUGGAAUUCAGGGAAUGUAAAUAACAACAUUACAGAGAAAACUUGAUAUAUAUAUAUGAACUGAGGUUUUUUGUAAAAUUUGUAAGAUAGUUGUUGUUUCCUAAUGUAUUUCUUCUGUUCAUUAUUAUUACUCUCUGUGAAACCCAAAUCUCUCUUAUUGUCUUGAGAGACAGGAGUAAACAUAGAUGCGUAUUCUUA